AUGGGGCUAAGUGGUAAGCUGGUUUCCCAAAUAGACAUAAAAUCCGAUGGAGAUGUAUUCCACGAGAUUUUCAGAGAAAGACCACACCACAUAUCUGACAUGAGCCCCGCUCACAUUCAAAACUGCGAUCUACACGACGGUCAAUGGGGAACCGUCGGCUCCGUCAUCUACUUCAACUACACUCAUGAUGGUAAAGAGAGGGUGGCGAAAGAGAUAAUUGAGGCGAUAGAUGAGGAAAACAAGUCGGUCACAUUCAAGGUGAUUGAAGGGGAUCUGAUGGAGCUUUACAAGACGUUCAAACUGAUUGUUCAUGUUGACACAUCUGGGGAAGACAACCUCGUCACUUGGACUUUGGAAUACGAGAAACUGAACGAGGAUGUUCCAGAUCCGCACACUCUCAUGGAGUUUUGCCUUAAGGUCACUAAGGAUAUCGAGUCUCACCAUCUCACCGCCAGUGCUUAAUUAAUUAACAUUAAUGAUGCUAUGAAUAUAUGUGUGUAUGUAUUGUGUUGAAGUUAUGUACUUUGUGAUGUUAAUUUUAUUGUUAACGGAUGUUGGUGUCCCUAUCUUGUGCAAAGGUUAUGUACUUUGUGAUGUGAUCAAUAAAUGAGUCUUGCCAUCA